CAGAGGGGGCGUCUCGAAGGUCAUCAAAUAAGAUCACGCUGUCAUCUGCUGAGGGUUUGAUGUCUUUCUUCAGGAGCCAUAGUGUUUCAUAUUAUUGUGAGUGCCAUCUGAUAAGAAAACAAUCAGAUGCUGGAAAAGGAAGGUUUGGUGCAGCCAAAGCUAAGAAAUGGGGAAGGCAAAAAUGCGAUGAAGCCACUGCUGCGAAGAGAAAGCUCUACCUGGAACUCUCUCGAAGAGAUCAUUCUUCUACCUAUGCAAAAGAUGACAUCUGGAUCAUUUCAAAGACUUUGUCCUUCAAUCCAGAUUCGACAUUUAUAGCAAGCAGUGUUUAUUAUGGACCAUC